AAUUCGGGGAGGAAAAAAAAAAGAGAGAUGGGAGACGCAAGGAAGGUCGGAGUCGCGGUAGAUUUCUCGAAAUGUAGCAGGGAAGCGUUGCAAUGGGCGAUCGAUAACGUUGUUAGAAAAGGAGAUCAUUUGAUUCUUGUCAAUGUUCUCCCUGAAGGCACUAAUUAUGAUGGAACCGAGAUUCAACUAUGGGAAGCUACCGGUUGUCCUUUAAUCCCUUUGGCUGAGUUCCGUGAUGGCCAAGUCGAGAAGAAAUAUGGAACUAAGCCUGAUCCAGAAACGCUAGAAAUCGUUAGUUUGGCUGCAACUCAGAAAGAGGUUUGUGUUCUCCUCAAAGUAUUUUGGGGAGAUGCUCGAGAGAAACUAUGUGAAGCGGUUGAUAAUAUCCCCUUAGACUGCCUUAUUAUAGGAAAUCGAGGGCUUGGCAAAUUGAAGAGGGCUAUUUUGGGCAGCGUGAGCAACUAUGUCGUGAAUCACAGUACAUGCCCAGUAACUGUUGUGAAGCCUGUACAUGCGUAACUCAGUCUUUGUGGUCCAAAUAAGAGAUAUCGAUUUCAUAAAUAAUGUA